AUGAUGAAUCAGCUGCAACCAAAUGAAGCAAUCCUGACUGCCCCAACUUCAGUCAAAACAGUUGUUGACCUCCCAGAACCAAGUUUCCAAUCUUUAGCCAAUGCAUCUCACACCUUUGCUGCACAAGUGGACAAAGCUGCAAGCAACAACAAUGAAGAGCCUAAUGACGAUGACGCUCCGUUGUCCACCCUCACGAAAAUGUCCAAAAGGAAAAGUGUUGCUGACAUGAAAUCAAGCAAGAAGGAAAAUAACUCCAAGAAGAAAAAAUGA